UUCUGCCAGCAGCGACCCCAGGCACGGAGGUCAAGUUCAGCCGAGGUCACGUGGAGGGAGGGGCUGUGGGGGUCGAGUCCCAGCCGGCCUGCCCCAUCAGCGCCCGGUGUAUAAGUGGGGGUGGGAGGUGGCCAGCCACAGCCUCACGCUGCCCUUACCUGCCCGCCUGUGCCAUGGCGCAGAAGAGAAGGACCUUCACCCUCUACUCCUCUUCCUCCACCACCACCUUCGCCGCCUCUGUGGACUCGCCCGUGGAGCCUAAAAAGCCGGGCUGGGACCAGGCCCGAGCCCUCCGGCUGCGCCGGCACCCCCCCGUGCUGCACAUGGUCCUGGAGGCCCUGCGGAACACGCAGCGCCCCGGGGGCACCUCGGUGGCCGCCAUCAAGGUCUACAUCCUGCACAAGUACCCCACAGUGGACGUGCUCCGGCUCAAGUACCUGCUGAGGCAGGCGCUGGCCACAGGCGUCAGCCGCGGCCUCCUCACCCGGCCGGCCAACUCCAAGGCCAAGGGGGCCACCGGCAGCUUCAAACUAGUUCCUAAGCCCACGAAGAAAACCCAGACCAAGAAGACGUGCCCCAAAGCAGCCCCCAGAGACCCCGGCGAGGCCAAGGAGCAGGGCCCCAGGAGAGCCAGCAAGGCCGAGAAGGGUCUUCCCAGCCCAGCCCAGGCCAAGAAGGACCCCAGGAAGCCGGGAGAGGGCAAGGCGGCUCCCCCCAAACCCGGAGCAGCCAAGGAUAAGCCCCCCCGAAAGGCCGGCGAGACCAAAAAGGGCCUUUCCGAGCCGGGCCAGGGGCCAAAGGGACCCCAGAAGGCAAGUGAGGGGAAGGGGGCGCGUGCGAAACCAAGCACGGCUGAGAAGGCCCCCCAGAACGGCAGCCAGACCAAGGCCAGCCAGGCCCCCCGGCCCCCCGGCAAGGCCAGCAAGGCCCCUCCCAGUGGGAAGCCAAAGGCCGCAGGAGGUAGGAGCCAGCCAGGUGCCGACGCCCUCAGGAAAACCAAAGUGAAGAGCAGCAGCUCCAAGGCCACGGUCAGCAAGAGCGAGAAUGGCGCCGUGUCCCCCUCGGGGAAGGAGGCGAAGGCCCAGGGGGGGCUGCAGCCGGGAGCCAAGGCCCGGCGGCCUCCCAAGGGCAGUGCUCCGGCCAGGAAGAAGAUGGACUUGAGCCCCAAGGCCUCAACAGCCGUGGCAGACAGCCGGGGGUCAGGGGCCAAGACCUAGAGGCCGGGAGGGAGAGACGGAGAUUCCGCAGGAGUUUUAUCCCCACGUGCCGUCACCGGCUCGCUGUACCCCGCUUAUCAAUAAAGGUGCUUUUGCUUCUCACACAAGCCGGCGAGGAAGGCAGCGGCAGCUGAGGCUGAAGAGUUUGGCCACAGGGCUCAAACCGUUGGGAAGACUGUGCCCUUCAAGGAGCUGGCGCAGGGCCCUAAGGCACGUGAGGGUACCGGAAGGUUCCAUGCAGCCUGAGGUCUUUGAGGGCAUCCUGGAAGAGGUGGCUUUUUUUUGGGGGGAGGGUUUCACA